AUGGCAGCUAAACGCCCCAACUUCCUCGUCAUAGUCGCCGAUGACCUAGGUUUCUCUGAUGUAGGUUGCUUCGGCGGAGAAAUCCGCACCCCCAACAUCGACCAGAUCGCCAAGGAGGGACUCCGAUUUACCGAUUUCCAUGCAGCAGCAGCAUGCUCUCCCACACGCGCCAUGAUCAUGACAGGCACAGACCACCACAUCGCCGGUCUGGGCAACCUAAUCGAAUGGACCAACAUCUCCGGCCAGAACGGACCCAAAGGAUCAGCCAUGAGCACCGCGCCGCAGCGCGGCAUGCCCGGGUACGAGGGCUACCUCAACGAGCGGGUCGUGGCACUCCCCGAGAUCCUACGCGAUGGGGGAUACCACACAGUAAUGUCUGGCAAGUGGCACUUAGGUCUGACACCAGAGCGAUCACCACACAAGCGAGGGUUUGAGCGGUCAUUCGCGCACUUACCCGCCUGCUCAAACCACUAUGCCUACGAGCCAGAGCUAAAAGACCAAGACAAGCUCCCGACUUUCAUCGAGGCGAGCUACAUCGCCCUGCACAUGGAGGAUGGUGAGUACGUGCGCCGUCUCCCAGAGGACUGGUACUCUUCCGACGGGUACGGCAAUAAGAUGGUGGAGUAUCUGAAAGAAUGGAAAACGAGCGGCGGCAGCGAAGGCCCCGACGGAAAGGGAGACCAUCCGUUCUUCGCAUACCUCCCCUUCACGGCGCCGCAUUGGCCGCUGCAAGCUCCGCGCGAGUACAUAGACCACUACCGCGGUGUGUACGACGAAGGGCCCGACGUACUCCGCGAAAAACGGCUACAGCAUCUGAAGGAUCUGGGGAUGGUGCGGGACGAUGUCGAGCCGCACCCCGUCCAAGCGGAGGAAGUCAAGGAGUGGGAGGAGUACAGCGCGGAGGAGAAGAAGAAGUCCGCUGUUGCGAUGGAAGUCUUCGCGGGGAUGGUCGAGUGCAUAGAUUCGAAUGUCGGGAAGGUAGUUGAGUACCUUCGGUCGAUCGACGAGCUGGAUAACACAUUCGUGUGCUUCAUGUCGGAUAACGGAGCCGAAGGCGCUGCCUACGAGGCGUACCCGAUGGUCAAGAACGGGGUCAUGCCGCAUCUGCAGAAAUACUACGAUAACAGCUUGGAGAACCUCGGGAACGGGAACUCGUUUAUCUGGUACGGUCCGCGCUGGGCGCAGGCUGCUACUGCGCCGUCGCGUCUGUAUAAGGCGUAUACCACCGAGGGCGGCGUGCGUGUCCCAUUCACCUGUCGCUUCCCUGCGAACUUCAAUAUUAACCCUGCAGAUGUUGCGGCUGGCAAGGGCGGGAUCACAGAUCAGUUCGCUACCGUUAUGGACCUGGCCCCAUCAAUCCUGGAUAUGGCGGGGAUCAAGCAUCCGGCGCCGAUGUAUCAGGGUCGCGAGGUCGUCGAGAUGCGCGGACGGAGCUUCCACCCCUGGGCGGUGGGUCGGGCGGAGCGGAUCCACCCGAUUGAGUUUAUUCAGGGCUGGGAGACGUGUGGACGGGCUGCGCUGCGUUGUGCGGAUUGGAAGAUCGUUUUUAUUCCCAAGCCCAAGGGACCGGAGAAGUGGCAGUUGUAUAAUCUCGUGCAAGAUCCUGGAGAGAUUCACGAUCUGGCAGAUGUCGAGCCGGAGAAGUUGAAGCAGUUGCUUAAGCUCUGGGAUCAGUAUGUGCUUGAGACGGGUGUUGUACCGCUCUGUCCUGAUCUCGGGGAGUUUUUGGAGGCGACUGAGGCACAGAUGCCUGAGAAUGCGUGGAUGGAGUUCGAUUAUUGGAAAGAUGGUGCUAGAGAUCAGCCGGAGAAGUUUACACGUCAGCCGCCGAGGUUUCAGCGGACUGUGAAGCCUUUCUGA